AUGAAGUACAAUAACAGUGCAUUGCAAAUUCUACAUGUUCGUAAAGAUGACUCUGACGUUUACUUCUGUUCAGCAUCAAACCUGUUAGGACGCGUUGAAAAGAAAACUCUCUUAGUUGUUGGGUCGCUUCCUCGUUUUAUUGUUAAGCCACCUGCAAAAGUUAUUGUGUUGUUAAGAGGAACUUUGAGGAUAAACUGUAGAGUUUCUGGGGAUCCAAAACCAGUCAUCAGGUGGAAGAAACAAGGAGGUCAACUGCCAGUUGGGCGGAGCCAGCAGAUUAAUGGCUCGCUAGUGAUUAGAGACAUAACAAUGAACGAUAAAGGAAAUUACAUCUGUGUCGCAACAAGUGCAGGGGUGUUAAAGGCGGAAGCUGUAACUUAUACUGAGGUUCAGAAAGGUAUUUCAACUUGGAUACACUUUGAAAUUGAGUAUAUUAGACUAUUAUUAAAUAUUCAAAAAGAAGAAACCAAACCAUAUAAAGACAGUUUAAUUACCCCAAGUUUAUGUCAAAAUCCUAGAAACACAGUAGAUAUACUAAAAAUCGUCAAACAACAACAAAAAUAACAUAAACAGAAAAUUAUAUUAGGAUUAAGGUGAGAGAUUUUAGAAUAAAGGAAAAUCUAAUCGAAGCGGCAAUAAUUCGUUUAACUACCUGCCGCAGAAAGGAUUAAGAAUAAAUAAAAGUGAAUGAUAUCAUACAGGAUCCCCUGACUAUAGGCUCCUGUAUUAUAUGAUAUUAUAAGGGACUCGUUUUUUAAAAAGGUGGCCCGAACCUAUUUAUGUGCGCGUUGGUUAUGUUUUAGCCUGCGAACGGCAGACGUUUCUCCUCGCUCAUCGCCGCUGAGGGACGUUUGACUAGGAGUUCCUCCUCGCGAAACGUUCCUCAGCGGCGAUGAGCGAGGAGAAACGUCUGCCGUUCGCAGGCUAGUUGUGUUUUUGAAUCGGGUUUUCGGCAGGAAUGAUUUCACCGAUUUCCAUGAUUUUUGGCAUCCUUCAUAACUUUAAAAAAAUGUUAUUUAUUCUUUUGUGGGUGUAAAAACGUUUGAGAUAUCGGCAUAUGUUUUAAACCGCAUUUUUACAAAAAAAAUGUCAAUAAUUUCAAAACGAUAGGUUAAGAAAGGCGGGAAAACUAAACCUAACACGUAAAAAUGCAAAUAAAAGAAGUCGGGCCCUAGCUAAAUUUUGAAAAUGGAAAAAAUUUGAAAUACACAAGAAAGAGUUUAAUGAACAGAUGAUAUUGCUUUUUUGAAUGGUCGGUUCACAGCAAUGCCAUGGUAUUCCCGAUUUUAUCUACCUACAUGCUGCGACAUAGAAAUUUGAUUGAAAACUUUUUGUGUAUAGCGCUUGAUUGCUAAAAAGUUAAAAUACUUUCACCCUUCUUUAGAUGCUCUCAGCUCAUCCAGCAUUCUUGACAGCCAUGGCAGCAAGUACUCUGACCAGUUGAAUUCAUAUUUAGACCCAGUCCUUCAGAGUCCAGGUCGCAGCAGGUUUGUGAGGUGUUGGCACGCUAAGACAAAUGGUUGGGCGGCAUCAACAUUCCACAGUAACUGUGAUGGAUAG